AUGGGGUGGCCGUAUGAGUUUGUCAGCCUGACCUCGGAGGAGAAGCAUGCCCGGCGCGAGGUGCUGGACCGGUACGGCUUCCUCGCCCACUGCUCCGCCCUGGCGCCGGUCCUCGCCCUUGGCCUCACCCAGCUCGCCCGGCUGGCGUACCGCUACGCCACGGGCACGCUGCGCGGCGUCGGCGGCCAGGGCGUCUACGCCGAGAUCCCCAACUCGCCGGCCAUCAAGGCGCGCGAGACGACGGCCCUCAGCCGGCUGCAGACGACGUGGGCCAAGCUCAGCUGGUGGAUGGGUGACGAUGUUCGCCUCGCCGGCACGAGCUGGGGCCGCAGAGAGGAAUGGAUCCUGGGGUUGUUUUGGACAGCAUGGCUGUUGCUGCUCUGUACCUUGGAGACCGGGAAAGAUUACUUUCAUGUCACAAAACGCUUUGGUAUUGUUGCCGUGUCGCAGCUGCCCAUCCAGUACAUGUUGUCCCUCAAGGCCAUGAACCCUUUUUCUUGGGCUUUGGCUUCGUCACAUGAACAAGUUAACCGCUACCACCGCAUCCUCGGCCGUAUCAUCUACGGCCUCACAAUGGUACACUUGAUACUAUACAAUGUGUAUUUCAUCAUGGCGAGCAAGUGGGUGAACCGCUUCUUCGCACCCGCCAUCUUCUGUGGCGUCUUAGCCUCGCUGCUAUUCCACGCCAUCGCCAUCACGGCCAUGAAAAAGAUUCGCGAUGCCGCCUACCGCGUGUUUUUCAUUACCCACCUGAUCGGCGCCUUCUUUGCACCCACGCUGCUCAUCUUCCACGCCAAGUCUCUGCGAUGGUACGUCAUCGAGUGCUGCUUCAUCUUCCUGUUCGACCUCGCCGUGCGCAAACGCUAUUCCAACGUGGUGUUGGCCACGAUCGACGCCAUCCCCGGCACGACCCUCGUCAAGGUCACGGCGCCGCUUCCGCCCGGACACCUGGAUGCAUUCCGCGGCGCGCCGGGCUCGCACAUCUACCUCAGCCUGCCCACCGAAGGGCGCAAGGACUCGGUGCCCUCUUCGCAGUCCGCCUUGUUUGACUACUCGUACAACCCGUACUCUGUCGCAUCCCUCCUCGAAGACGCCGACGCCAUCGGCUUCGUCGUGCGCACGCGGCGCGGCGCCAUGAGCCGCGUCCUCGUCGACUACGCCGCCGCAACCCCGGCCGCGGCAUCCCCCGACGAGGCCAAGGUGCGUCUCUGCAUCGAGGGGCCCUACGGCGCCAUGGCGCGCAAGUAUCGCGCGCUGCUCACCAGCGGCGCCAGCCGCGUGCUCUUCGUCGCCGGCGGCGUCGGCGCAACAUUCAUCCUGCCCAUCUUCCAGGCCGCGCAGGCCGAGAUGCCGCUCGCCCGCCUGCAGAUGGUCUGGGCGAUUCGCACCGCCGGCGACGCGACCUGGGCCGUGCCCGCCAGCGCCGCGGGCGGCGGCAAGACCGUGCUAAGCGACGAGCGCAUCCAGCUCUUCCUGACCGGCGGCGACGCAGCCGCGGGCGACGCAGAGGGAGGCAACGGCGAAGGUGGCUCGGCAGUGGAAAUGCAGCCGCUGCCGGCAGCGCGCAGGAGCACGCUUGGCGGUCGCGCGCGCAUGCGCAAGGCGGAGCAGAACCGCCGCCGGCCCGACUUUGGCAAGAUUGUCGACGAGGCGUUUAGGCUCAGCGCGCAGGGCACCGUCGCCGUCGUGGUCUGCGGACCGAAGGAGAUGGCGGACGAGGUGAGGCGCUGCGUGCGACCGUGGGUGAUGAAGGGCCGCAAGGUGUGGUACCACAACGAGAGUUUCGGGUGGUGA